AGGAGCAGCAGCAGCCGAGCAGCUCAUCGUCUGGGCGAGUCGAAGGGGCUGUUGGGAACUCAAACACAAAGCAGAUGAGAGGAGCGAUGUCGGCGGAUAGCACGGGCAGAGAGAGAGGGAGGGGGUGAAUUCAGAUCGUAGAUGUAGAUGUUAUAUAUUUUGGAGCUAGAAUUUUCAGCACGGGGCUUACUUCAGCCACGCUGGCACUCCAAAAAAGGCAGCUCUUCGCUGCUUCCCUUCCCCUGAGCACGAAAACGGGAAUGACAGAGUGCUCUUCAUCUGGCUGACAGCCACGCUCGCGGCGUUUUUGUCCUCGAGCUUUUUUUUCGAGCGGUGAGCGUUGGUGCUGCUGCUGCCUCUGCUGAAGAAGAAGUGACCGAUGCUUCGUGCUAGCAGAAUGGAGGAGUUUGUGACCGAGGAGGACGAGCCGUGGUACGACCAGAGAGACUUGGAGCAGGAUCUGCACUUGGCAGCAGAGCUGGGGAAGACCCUGCUGGAGCGCAAUAAGGAGCUGGAGGACUCGCUGCAGCAGAUGUACAUUAACAAUGAGGAGCAGGUGCAGGAGAUCGAGUACUUGUCCAAGCAGCUGGAGAUGCUACGGGAGAUGAAUGAACAGCAUGCAAAAGUGUACGAGCAGCUAGAUGUGACUGCACGUGAGCUGGAGAUAACCAAUGAGAAACUGGUGCUGGAGAGCAAGGGCUCACAACAGAAAAUAGACAGGUUGACAAGUACCAUGGAGAUGCUGCAGGGUCAGGUAGACACUCUCACCGCUCGUGUGGAGGAACUGCGCACACUUGAGGAACUACGGGUUCGCAGGGAGAAGAAAGAGAGACGAAAGACUGUGCACUCCUUCCCCUGCCUGAAAGAACUGUGCACCGCUCCAAGGUAUGAGGAUGGCUUCACGGUGUCUGACCCAGGCAGCGGCGACCUUCAGGAGCAGCCCUCAGCAGACGAGGAGAAUGAGCGGCUGCGUGCAAUGGUGGCAUCCCUCAGGGCAGCGGUGGCGGCCGAGAGGGGGCGUCGUGAGAACGCAGAGCGUGAGUGUGCUGCUGUGCUACAGGAGUUUGAGCGCCUGGAGCAGCGGCUGCUGGGAGCUGAGGGCUGCCAGCGGCGUGUCCAUGAGCUGGAGGCCGAGCUGCAAGAGAUGCAGCAGAUGCGCAGGUCACGUGCCCGCCUGCUGACCGGCGAGGACGGCCUAGAGCAGACGCUACUCAACAGUGCCCCAGAAACCGACACGCCUGAGGAUGCGUCCGCUUUAACACAGGAGGAUGGAGGCUCUGGAGAGCCGCCAGUGCGGAAGAGCUGCAGUGACACCGCUCUGGACGUCAUCUCGGCGGUGGACGCCACAGGGAGACGCAAGGGCAGUUACGCACUACAUGCCAAUGGCGUGCGGAAGCGUGGCAUGUCCAUCCUGCGUGAGGUGGAUGAGCAGUACCACGCACUGCUGGAGAAGUAUGAGGAGUUGCUUGGUAAGUGCCGACGCCAUGAGGAGAGCCUGCGGCACGCUGAGGUGCAGACGUCUCGGCCCGUGUCCAGGGAUCCGUCCAUGAAGGAGUGCCGGGCUGCUGAGUCCCGGGAGCCGCCACAGACACCACCAUCCACGCCCGAGGCCAUGGAGGGCAUCAGCAGGCAGGUAGAGGCUGUGGACAAGCGGCUGAGCCAGAACACCCCUGAAUACAAGGCCCUGUUCAAGGAGAUCUUCUCACGCCUGCAGAAGACCAAGACCGAUAUCAACUCCACCAAAGGGAGGAGGAGUGGAAAAUAACUGCAUUUUGCUUAGAGAAAUGUGCCACAGGACAUUUCUUCCAGUCUACCCCAGGGGUUCUCAACUUCAGCCCUGGGUACCCACUGCCUACCCACUGUUCCAUUUUCCCUACUCAACACAACUAAUCCAGCUCAUGAAGAGCUUGAUAGUUAUGACAAGCUUGAGCAGUUGGUUUGGGGUAAGGAAAACUUUAGACUGUCUGGGCUUAAGUGGGUCCCCAGGACUGAAGCUGAGAAGCACUUUUCUAUCAAACUUAGUUUUAAUUGCUUAAAGGCCAGAUUCAGAAAGGCAACUUCAUGCUAGCACACAGCUUCUAGAUAGAGUAGUAUAUUGGGUGUUACUUGCUAUGUUGGUGCACCUUAGAUCAGGAUGAGCACCAACAGAACAGGUCUUGUCUGGUUUGAGAUCUUUGGUUGUUCAUGUUUGUUUAAGAUAGUGGGAAGUUGCUUAGUUUACAGAUCAGGUUGUUAUAACUCACUACUGGUUUUACUGGAACUUCUCACUGGCAGGGUGUCUACAUUAAAAGAUGAAGCAGUUCACUGCUGAUCAUCCCCUUUCUGAGUACACAUGUACCACCUGCACCACUGUGUAUAACUGCAACCUCAAUUCUGUAAUCAGUUCUUUCCAAUAUUAAAAGACGCUUUGCAUAA